AUGGACGAGCAGGAGAAUGAAGAGACGCGGCCCCGUGUAAGUCUGGAGUUUGUGGAGAGCUCGAUCCUGGAUACGAUCAUUCCCGCCGCAAGCAAUUUGAACAUUGAGAAAGCCUUAAGUGGCUCAGUGGAACGGCUUGACGAGGGAGGUCACUCCCGUCUGGCAGCUAUUACCCAGAGGCAGGCACUCUUUUUCGAUGAAACUGUCGAUGCCUACGUUGUCUUGCAAACUCCAUAUUUCGACGAGAUCACCCUAAGGUCAUACCUGGGAAGACUAGUUAUCAACCUCGAGGCACAGGUCGUCAACUCGAGACAGGAAGGCGAUGUUGGCCCUCCAGGUCAGGAAACCAUAUACAGCGGCUCCAUGUCGGAAAGUGAAGAUCCCUUGAUCAUUGUGCAAGGGCCUCAUAAGGCAGACUCAGAUGCCAGUCAGACUCAUGUUUUGAUUGUGUGGAAGCUAUCUGCAUUCUUGGUCAGACCUAGACUACGCUUACAGAACCCAUCUGUUGUGUUCUCUGCAAUGGCGCAUCUGAAGCCUGUCGAGCAGGUGCAAAACUCGACGCUACGAGAAGAAUAUUUGCCAAGUCAGGUCCCAUCCGGUAUCAAUAUAUUAGAGGCAUUCAGCGACGAUGCGGCACUGGGUGGUGUUAAGCCACGUCUAUCUGCGCUGCGAGUUUCUCGAGUUGCCCCAGCAGUUCAAACAGCGAGAGAGAUGAUGCGCCCCCUCAAGAACACUUCCCGGCAGUCAAUCAAGGUUCUUCCGGCUAUAAACGCUCGCGUGAGGUACUCAAGACCGAACAGUACACCCAGCAAUCCAGCAGUGAUUGCAUCAGUUGAUGUGGACAUCACCCCAUUCGCUAACUGCGAGGUAACACUCCAGAAAGUGACACUCCAAAUGAAAGGUGGCAAUGUCGAAGACCUGAAUUGCAUUUCUGGCUUGUCACUACCCACAAAAUCCCUGCCUCAAGAUGAUAUCACAUUCCUAUACCGCCUCUGUCCGGAUGACCUAGAUGCGACCAAUAAAUCUCUAGUCCGGAGCCUCGAAAUAUCGGUCCAGGCACAAGCGCAUCUCUCUUCAGUCUGCCAACCUACCAUCUCCAUGCAUUGGACUACCUCUCUGGAUUUCACACCCCCAGUCAAUCCAGGCUUCGGAAAUGCUACCCAACCAAUUCAACGACCACAUCGACCAACCCAGCUGUCCAUCGGGUCGACGCUCGAGGCAACAGCUUCAUCGCUCGCCGUCAGCCGUCCAGAGUCUCUCCCCUCACUGGACACCUUAACACGUCAUCAACGCAAUACAUCUAUUCCCGACUUUGGGGUCACCAUGACCUUCACAGGACCUUCCUCUGACAAACCCAUCUACCCCGGCGUACCGUUUGCCUGGUCUGUUUUUAUCGUGAACCGAUCUGAUCGACCUCGAAAGCUUGCCUUGACGGUAAUUCCUAAUCGUCGACGUACCGAAACGCGUACCACUCGUCCGCCUUCAGCUGGCUACGGAAAUGCUCGUAAGGAUGGCAAAGUGGCCGACGCAGUUGUGGACGAGAAGAUUGUCUAUGCCAUGCAGAAAAAUGCCGCGGUCGAGACUACAGAGAUAGUGUGUUUGAGUACGGAUACGCGCGUAGGACCACUGGCACCUUCCGCAUGCUGUGAUGUCGAGUUAAAGUUUAUGGCGUUGAAGGCUGGCAUCGUAGGUGUGGAGGCGGUGAGAGUUGUUGAUCUGGGUACACAGGAGCAUGUUGACAUCAGAGACUUACCGAGUAUCGUGGUUUCUCCGCUAGUUGAGGAUUAG